AAAGCAUCAAUCAAAGCCAAAUGCAACACCUCUCUCCCCCCAUUAUUCCCUAUUAAAAUAUUGAUUUAGAAAACCGAUAAAGAAGAAAAUGGUUUAUUAGACAUUGAUUGAGAUUACAGAGAGAGACAGAGAGAGAGAGAGAGAGACCUAAUGGCGGGAGAUGCGGUGAGGGAGGAGGAGGAGGAGGAGGAGGAGGAGGGAGAGAAGUUGUUGGAGGGGGUGACGGUGUUGGAUUUCGACUUACUGUGCUCGACGGUGGCUAUGCGGACCCAACAAGGGAAAUGGAGGAAACUAGAUGAAUGCGAAGGAGAUGUUGAUAAUAAUAAUAAUAAUGGUGGUGGUGAAUUCGGGGGUGUUCUCAGGAUGUGGGAAGGUGAAAUCCUCGAUUGCUUCGAUGAUCGACGCGUCGCUUUCCAAUCCGCUUGUUGUCCAUGCUAUAGAUUUGGAAAGAACAUGGGACGAGCUGGUUUCGGUUCUUGUUUUGUUCAGGGGAUUGUGUACCUCAUGCUUGCUGCCGUUGCACUUCUCAACUGUAUAGCCUUUAUUGUGACCAAGAGACAUUUUUUCCUGUAUUUGGGUGUUGCUUUUACCAUAUCAGUUGGAACAUACCUUGGCUUUCACCGUACGCAGAUCAGAAAAAAGUUCAACAUCAGAGAUAGUGAUAGUCCACUGGAUGAUUGUGUCUUCCAUCUAAUAUGCCCUUGCUGCUCAUUAUCUCAGGAAACUAGAACAUUGGAAAUGAACAAUGUCCAAGAUGGGACAUGGCAUGGUAGGGGUGACACAAUAUGCGUAGGUGGAUAUGGUGAAGGCAGCAAAGCAUUCUUUGAGCUACACCCACCUCCUAUUAUUUCAACCAAGUCUGCUGAUCCCGCCGUUGCACAAAUAUGUGGGGAUCGUUCAUGGACUUCAGAAGUCGGGCAUUCUGCACCUUUGGCCUCACAAUCCCAAUAGCAGAGUUCCAAACAAUGUUUGGGGUUCACAAUAUUCCUCCCCACAAGUAAGGAGUAUAAAGAAGAUUUCUUCCGCUGCGUUUGGAUAUUAGAUUUGUCGAGCAAUUUUUGGAAGGACGAGUAAAGGGUAAACGAAAGAGGCUAAAUUUAUUUCUCAGUUGGUGUAUCUGUUUCCUUUCAUUUGGUAGAUGCCAUUUUAGAAUCCCUGAUCCUAAUCGUAGCCUUUAGUGUGCUGCCUUUGCAAAAGAUCAUGCAGUUAUUCAAGUAUGGGGGUGAUUGGAAGACGCCCUGCUUGGUAAUGUAUAUACAGUGUGCACCAAUACUAUGCUCGUGCAUCAUUGUUGUAAUGUCUACUAGAGUUUGGAGUAGGGUUUGUCCUUUUAGUUUUUAAGGUUGGGAUCCAGUAAUUGAAUGGUAUUGACUUAAUAUGAUCAUGUGGUCUUCUGCUUGUCUUGAA